UAAAGUGGUUAUAAAGCACUCGUGGUUUUUUCUUUGUAUCACCUGGGAAAAGCUUUAUGAUGUGGAAUUGUUGCAAUGAAGCCUUUUCAACUUAGAGAGCUAAAAAUAUUUGCAGUGAUCCUUUCUCUCCUCUGUCGUUUGAGUAAAUCUGUGUGAAUUCCACUUCUUGGUAUCUCAUUGGACUUCUCCUUCUCUCUUGCCUAUCCUUCAGCUUUUUGUCAUUCUCCAAAGAUGUAAUUACCUGAUAUUUGUUUCAAGGUAAAGAAUGUUAUUUCCCAGACAAUCACAAUUUUGGGGCAUCUUGCUCUUUUUCAUGGAGAUAAAAAGCUACAAUUGCCUUCUGUAAUCAUUAAAAUCAGAAUGACCUGAAAUCCAGGCAAAUGAGAUUUUUUACUGGUGCUUCCCCUCCCAAUCUACUUUUAAAGUUGCUGUUUGCAGCACAGUCAAAACCAGUUUUUAAAUCUGUUAAGAUUGAGGUGAAUGGUGAUUCCAGGUGGAAUGAAGAGGUGAGCACUGAAAACUGGCAGAGGAAAAUAUUGAUGCAAAUAUAUCUUCAGUUCAUCUCUCCCUCUUUUUCUUGCUUCAUCUCCCUCUGAUCUGCUCCUCCUCCUUUUGCCCAAAAGUUAGAAGUGUCCCCUUGCUUUGACAGGUGGAGGAAUGAGCCUCUUUGGAGGUUUCUUCUGCCCCUUGGUUCCAGUUUGCAGCCCUAGUUAGUUGGGGUGCAGCAUUGCAGGAUGUAUGUACCGAGUCGUUCAGACAACGGGACCAGAUGGGAAAAAACUCCUGAAAUUGCUUCCCAUUUCUAAAACUUCUGGAAGCUUUGUGCCAAUAGUUCAGUCUCCAGCCAUGCCAAAUAAUUCUAAUGCAAAUGUUUCUAGCCCAGUCCAUCUUAAUUUUAAGACACAGCUUGGCAAUACUGCUGCACCUUCAUCUGUUAAGAUACCUAUUUUUCAGCCUCCUAAUCCUGGAAAGAUUAUUCUUAGGAGGACAUUAGACAAGCAGGAAAGUGCUAGGGCAGGUUCUGAAAAGGAAAGCUCGAUUCCAAGUGCAGCUGUCAACUCCCAGAGCAGCUGUGUGCCCACGGAUGGAGUGUCCUUGCAGAAUGUGGUCAUCACAAGCUCCUCUCACCAGAGCAGCGCAACCUAUAUGGUGGUGAACACCAAAUCCCUCCCAGUGACUGUCAAGUCUUCAGUGCUGCCCUCCGGACACCACCUCCAGAUUCCAGCUGAUGCAGAAGUGAAGUCUGUCCCAGCAUCUCUUUUGCCACCUGCAAUUCAGCAAAAAAUCCUGGCAGCUGCAGCCACCAACGUGUCUGGAGGGGCCGACGGUACAAAAACGCCGACGGUGAUUUAUGUGUCACCCGUGAACACUGUGAAAACCUCCCAAGUCCUGCCCAAGUGCUUGCAGAGCUUUUGCCCCAAAUCUGCCAUGGAAGUUUCAAAGACACUGGUAGUGACAGCUGCCCAAAAGGGAUCUGGCUCUUCUCCUGAGCCAGUCACACCUGAGGGGCAGCAGUGCCAGCAGGCUCCCAUGAAAUGGAUCGUGCAAGAAACCGCCCCACUCUCAGCAGCUUGUCUUAUCCCUGUAAAGUCUUCAAAUAAUGUGGCUUCCAAGAUCCUGAAAACUUUGUCAGACAUGAAGAAUGUAGAAGUUAAUACUGCAAAUAUUUUGCCACUCUGUUCUAAUGGUCCUGGUGGAAGCCAAACCAAAAUCACACCUUUGAAAGAUAAUGCUCUGGUCAUGUACAAUGGGAAGAUCUAUUUAUUGACCAAAAGAGGCUCUGAUGUUCUGUCAGCCCAGGCUGACAAACAAACAUCUUCCUCUUCUGAUGCUUUACUAAAAAAGGAGACACCCAAGCAAAUUGAUUCUACUGAAGUCAAUAAAAUAACCAGUAAAGUGGUGAAUCUGGUGUUGUCAAAAAGCAAAGGAGUGGUGCUGUCUCAGAAAGACCCAAACCCAUGUACAGUCUCCAAAAAUUCAUCACCAGUUGGCUCAAGAAAUGACUUAAAAUCCACAUCUGCUGCUCUGCUUAUGCCAAGUGCUGAUCAGCAGGAUCCCACUGUAAUCCAGAGACAGAAUUUUCCCUUCACCAAGAGCAUUUCUUGCAGUGGAGUGAUCCCGGUUCCAGCAGUAGGGAUGCAGGAAAGUGUGUGGCAAAAUGGCAAAGACACGAGUCAUUCCCCACGAGCAGCUGUGCUACCUCAGGCUAAGCAGGAAUGUGCUGUCAGUGAAGAAUGGCCAAAGAUCCAGUGUGAAAAAAUGGACUCACCAGGAAAGGUUAUUCAGAUCAAACACCAAGACAACCAACACUGGAGACAAUUCUUGGAAUUAAGGAAAAAAUUUGGUCUCUUUAAGGAGGAGAGAGUUUACCUUACGAGAAUACCAUCGAGAGCCUUCUGUGAGAGUCCAGAAGAAGGGGUUUGUUCCAGUGACAGUUUGGAAAGGAAAAAUGAUUCUUGCAGUUCAUCCUCAUUGGAUGUGGAAAUAAUGAAUCAUCAUCAGGAAUGUGUUAAAGAGAAAAAGAUAGCUGUGGAUCUGGAAGAGGAUUUGACUAGGAGAAGGAAAAUAAAAUCUUCACCUUUGUUGGACAGCGGGAAGAGGAGGAGAACUUCCAUCAAAUCAGCCACAAGUCCCAGUUUAGAAGUCAGCAGCUCGAGUUCCAGUGCACUUAGCAGGAGUGUGUCCCCUCCCACAGCCCCAGCGCUGCUGGCUGUUCCCACGGGCUCUGCUGGGGCGUCCCAAGAGAGGGACUCGGAGCAGGACACGUUCUCCCAGAGCAGUGACACUGCCCACACGGGCCUUUCAGUUUUAGUGAACCCUCAAGAGGAUGCUUCUGUUCUGGAAGGUUCUUUCCGAGAUGACGCCUUCCCCGUGGCUCCCCCAGACCUGGAUGAGACAAUCCGGGAUGAGAAAAUCAAGCGACUGAAGCAGCUGCUGCGGGAGCGCGAGGCGGCGCUGGAGGAAAUGCGCCGGGAAAUGCAGCAGAGCUGAAACCCCUGCCCUGAGGAUCCCAGCCCUGUGCAUCACCUCUUCAGGGACUUCAGGAGGAGAUCCCUUGCUUAAAUGAAUAUUUCUGGCAGGUGGAAGAACUAGAUGAAAUUUGUGUGUAUUUAGAGAACUGUAGGUUUUUGUUAAAUGCCAGAAAUAAGAGACUUGGACCAUCAAAUUCUACUUCUGGGACAGGAUCCAAGAGCACAGACAUUUUUACCAUUCCCCAUAUUUUGAAUCUAGGGGUUCUGUAUUAGUCUUAGAAAAUAAACUUUCCUCUUUCAAAUUCCAUAGCCUGGCUCAUGGAACCCCAAUGCAAAUUGCAAACCCUAGUUGUAGAUACUUUUUUGUUUGUAUUUCUCAUUGCAUGAGAACUUUGAAUUGCUGAGAACUGUCAGUUUUCAGAAGAGGUCAACAGGCAGUUGUUAAUAAAUGCUAUUUAAAGGAGCUGGGAAUUAGGCUUUAGACAGUAACAAUGCAGGUAUUUAUACAAAACCUUUUGCAGAUAUGAAGACAGAGGCAGGAGGAGCCCUUUGACAGUUUGGAUGAAUGGCUCUCCCUGUCAUUAUUGUGAGCCUUUAUAAGGCCAUGGCCAGCUCCAGCUGUGCAAUGUGGAAAUUUGGUUGUGGGGUUGUUUUGCAAGAUGUACUUUUUCUAAACAGAAUUCUGUUAAUAAUAAUUUCUCAAAGCAAAAAGACUCCUUUAUCCCUGGGUGGUAUUUUUAACGAUCCUCAAUGAGUGUCUUUUAAUUUGUUGCUGUUUGAACAUGUCUCUUCCCACCUUCAUUUGUGGUACCUUAGUUUGCCUUGUAGGAGGGGAUGUGCCCUCAGACUGUCUUUACAUCCUGAUUUUUAUAGAACUUUGUGUGUAUUUUCCCACAUGCUCUGUUGUAUGUGUAGGGACACUUCCUUGUCCUCUGUUGUCCAUGUCUUUGAUCCUUGCAGGUUCCUUCUGCAGUUUUUCAGUUUCUCUUCCACCAAUUAAUAACUUUUUUUGCCAGCA